AAGACCCAUAGAAAUUUGUCUUUUUGCGUGGAUUUUUCUAUGCAAAGAGCUUGUGCUGCCUUCUGGAGAGAGGGCUCGAAACUCUCUCCAUGGCCAACAGUUCCUUGCUCCUCUACUGCCUCGGUCACCGCCGAUUUUCCCCUUCAUUCAGGUCAUUCUUCUUCAUACCCACUUGCUUGGCUCUCUUUACUUCUCUCAUUAUUAUCUUUUAUAUCUCUACUACCUCUAUUCUCUUCUCCGGUCAUCUUCACCCUUCUACUGUUCGCCUGAAACCUCAUCUGUCAUCUGGGUCCUCAUCAAACACUCAAGAAAACAUCCCACUUCCACUUCACAAUGAUUCUAAAACCCCACUUGUUCAUUUUCCCAGAAUUAGUCCCUUGGAGAAGAACGAUGAUGGUGGAUAUAAAAGUCAACGUUCUUCCAAACUUCAAUUGGUCUUUAAUGGAAUCUAUGUGAAUAACGAGGUGUUCCAUGAUAGAGAUAUCUUUCUGGAAGACUAUAAACAAAUGAAUAGAAGCUUUAAGAUAUACGUUUAUCCUCACAGGCGAGAUGAUCCAUUUGCAAAUGCACUGUUGCCAGUGGAUUUUGAACCUGGGGGCAAUUAUGCCAGCGAAAGUUACUUUAAGAAAGUCCUCAUGAAAAGCCACUUCAUCACGAAGGAUCCAACAAAGGCAGAUCUUUUCUUUUUGCCUUUCUCCAUUGCAAGGUUGCGGCAUGACCCUAGAAUUGGUGUAGGAGGUAUCCAGGAUUUCAUCAGAGAUUACAUCUUUAAUAUAAGUCACAAGUAUCCAUAUUGGAAUCGGACUGGUGGAGCUGACCAUUUUUAUGUUGCUUGUCAUUCCAUUGGACGGUCAGCAAUGAAGAAAGCAGAGGAUGUGAAAUUUAAUGCCAUUCAAGUUGUCUGCUCUUCAAGCUAUUUCCUUUCUGGUCACAUUGCUCACAAGGAUGCAUCUCUGCCACAAGUUUGGCCUAGGCAAGAAGAUCCUCCUAACCUUACUUCAUCAAAAAGGAAGAAGCUUGCAUUCUUUGCUGGAUCAAUCAACUCACCUGUCCGUGAAAGGCUUCUUCAAGUUUGGAGAAAUGACUCUGAGAUUUCUGUCCAUUUUGGCCGGCUCACAACACCUUAUGCUGACAAGCUACUGGGGAGUAAGUUCUGCCUCCACGUCAAAGGCUUUGAAGUAAACACAGCUCGCAUCGCGGAUUCGCUAUAUUAUGGAUGCGUCCCAGUUAUUAUCGCCAACCAUUAUGACCUUCCAUUUACGGACGUUCUAAAUUGGAAGAGCUUUUCAGUUGUUGUUGCCACUUUAGACAUUCCAUUGCUUAAGAAAAUCCUUAAAGCAAUAAGCUCUGACAAAUAUCGGAUGUUACAAAAUAAUGUGUUGAAGGUGCGAAAACAUUUCCAAUGGCACGUUCCCCCAGUUGAUUAUGAUGCUUUCUACAUGGUUAUUUAUGAAUUGUGGCUCCGACGAAGUUCUGUGAGGGUGUCCUGACGUGCUUCUAUGAUUCCCAAUCAAUGACAAUACAUUUUUCUGUUCAGGAUUUAAUGGAAUUCCAAUGACCUUGAUUAUUUGUAUAUAGUUGUUGAUUUUUCGAGACUAAGAGAGCUUGAAAGCUUAAAUUGGAUACAGUGAUCUCAUUUGUUUGUAGCACAUUUAUGCAAGAGCAUUUUAAAUAAAAGAAAAUUUCAAAACCA